UCCUACUUCACACCCUUCUCUCUCUCUCUCUCUCUCUCUCUCUCCUCCUCUUCUUCUUCUUCUUCUAAGUUUCUUGCUUUAUGGACAAAGGAGGACUCAGUAUCGAUUCAGACUCGCUCGGAUUCUUCGUGUCUCAGCCUAACUCGUUCUUGAACGCAAUUCACCAUCAAAAGCGUAAGCGCGAAUUCAUGGACUUCUCAAUGAAUCUUAAUUACAGAGAUGAUCCGGCAACAGCAACGAUGAAUGAGAAACGAGUCAACGAGAUGGAUUUCUUCGCUGAGAAGACCACAUAUCGGGCACAGGAGUUCGAUGUUAAGGCCACGAACUUCGACAAUAUCAAGAAGGAAGACUCGAAUGAAGGCGCGAGGAUGAAUUUCGGUGUAAAUACGGGUUUGCACCUUCUUACUGCGAAUACGGGCAGCGACCAAUCGAUGGUUGAUGAUGGGAUUUCGUCAAAUGUGGAUGAGAAAGAAGGAAAGAAUGAGUUAGCAGUAUUACAAGCCGAGCUAGACCGCAUGAAUGAAGAGAACCAACGAUUGAGAGGAAUGCUAAGCCAAGUGAGCAGCAAUUACACCAGUUUACAGAUGCAUCUUGUGACAUUGAUGCAGCAACAAAAUCCCAAAAUCGAGACCGUCCAAAAACAUCAGAAUAUGGAUGAAACAAUAGAAGAAAAGAAACAUGUACCGUUUCAGACUGUGGAUGAAACGACAGAAGAAAAGAAACAUGUAGUAAGAGGUGGCGGCGGAUUUUUAGUUCCAAGGCAGUUCAUGGAUCUUGGUCCAGCUGCCACCGCUGAAACAGAUGAGCCUUCUCAAUCUUCAUCUGAAGGGAGGAGCCAUGAUCAGUCAGGAUCGCCUCGCAACAACGUAGAAGUGGUAUCUAAGGAAAUUCAUGUACAAAACAAUACCAGCAAUGGCGACAUAGUUCCAUUAGAUCACGACAAGAAAGACGCCAGCGACAGUAGAGGAAUCGGUAAAGAAGAGAGCCCGGAUCAGGCAUCACAUGAAUGGGCUCAGAACAAGCUUCCCAAAUUACCACCAUCGAAGAAUGCUGAACAAUCCACAGAAGCCACUAUGAGGAAAGCUCGAGUCUCCGUCCGAGCACGAUCGGAAGCUCCAAUGAUCACCGACGGAUGCCAAUGGCGGAAGUACGGCCAAAAGAUGGCGAAAGGAAACCCAUGUCCCCGUGCUUAUUAUCGUUGCACCAUGGCUGCUGGAUGCCCCGUUCGUAAACAAGUUCAAAGAUGCGCUGAAGACCGAUCCAUUCUCAUAACUACAUAUGAAGGCAAUCACAACCAUCCACUUCCUCCUGCAGCCAUGGCUAUGGCAUCAACCACAUCAGCUGCAGCAUGUAUGCUGUUAUCCGGAUCAAUGUCGAGUUCCGACGGUCUAAUGAAUCCGAAUUUCCUAGCAAGAACGCUCUUGCCUUGCUCGUCGAGCAUGGCGACGAUAUCCGCAUCCGCGCCAUUUCCAACUGUUACCCUCGACCUCACUCAAUCUCCCAACCCUUUACAAUUCCAAAGGCCACCUACUCAAUUCCAAGGGCCAUUCCCAACCACCACUCAAGCUUUUGGACCGCCACCACCACAGCAGCUGCCGCAGAUUUUCGGCCAAGCGCUUUAUAACCAAUCAAAAUUCUCAGGCCUUCAGAUCUCGCCGAAUGUGGAUCCAACACAAUUCGCGCAGCUGCAGCAGCAGCAGCAGCAGCAGCAAACGCCACAUCCAUCAUUGGCGGACACCGUAAGUGCAGCGACAGCGGCCAUAACAGCAGACCCGAAUUUCACUGCAGCUCUAGUGGCUGCGAUCACUUCCAUUAUUGGCAGCGGCUCCCAUCAGACUGGCAGCAACAGCAACAGCAACAAUAACAACAAUCUCAACAGCAACAACAGCAAAAUCAGCAGUCCAAACUUUCCGGGGAAUUAAAAGUUUAUCAGUUCAUGUUCUUGUUCUCUUCUUUUUUUCAUUUUCUUUUAUUUUUUUGGGGAGAAAAGAAAAUGAGAUAAUAGAUACAAAUGCAUUCUUUUUUAAUGUUGUUAUUAUCUACGUUGAAAUAAUGAUAAUAGUAUUGUCUGUGGAUAGAUCAAUCUGCAUAUUGAUUGA